AUGCUCAGGUACGACCACUCGAACGAGCAGGUGCGUGUCGUCACCGUGUGGCCGGACCUUACCGGGCUGACAGUGCCCAGUAGAAAGUACCGGUUCGAGUGGGACAGCCCCAUAGCGUUCUCUCCCCACGAUCCGAACGUGCUGUAUUCGGCUGCGAACGUGGUGUUCAGGUCCGUGGACGACGGGUCGAGCUGGGAGGUGAUCAGUCCCGACCUGACCAGGGACGACGUGUCGGACAGAGAGGACUUCGAUCCAGACACGAACAUCGCGCCCUUCGAGCGGUGCGCCAUAUCCAGGUUCGCGGAGUCUCCGGUUCAACAGGGGGUGUUCUGGACGGGCUCCAGCGACGGGCUGAUACAUGUCUCGCGAGACGGUGGAGCGACCUGGGCCGACGUUACGCCCGACGGCCUGCCUGAAUGGACUCCGAUCUACGGACUGGAGGCGUCGCCCCACGACGCGGGAACGGCCUACGUCGCGGCAGCGCGGUACCAGCACGGCGACUACAUGCCAUACCUGUUCCGUACCAGCGACUACGGCGCAACCUGGACGGCUAUCAGCGAGGGCAUCCCCGAGGGGGACUACACACGGGUCAUCAGGGAAGACCCGGAGCGUGAGGGGCUGCUGUACGCCGGGACCGAGGGCGGGUUUACGUCUCGUUCGACGAUGGGGACUCGUGGGACUCGCUCCAGCUCAACCCCGUGUCGGGGCACGGGGCAGGCCUGCCGCCUGUGCCGAUACAUGACAUGCGUGGAACCGGAGGGAGAAGCCACGCUCACGUUUAUAACAGACGAGGGCGAGGUCGUCCGGCAUCUCUCCAGUCGCACUGGUAGCCCCAGGGUUCCCACACAGCAGGGCAUGAACAGGUUUGUGUGGGACAUGAAGCACGAGGGAGCGCGGCGAGUCGAAGGGGAAUCAGGAGCCGGUCGGCCGAUGUACGUUCCCAUCGUCCCGCCGGGAACGUAUCGAGUACGGCUGCAGAUCGGCGAGGAGGCCUGGGAGGAGAGGUUCGACGUACUCGCAGACCCGCGCGUGAGCAUAUCCCCGGAAGACCUGGGACGUCAGCACGACCUGCUGAUCGCGAUACGCGACAAGGUGUCGGAGUCGUCAGACGCCGUGGAGACGGCCCGCAGCACCGUCGGCCAGAUCGAGCAGUGGACAGAGCGUUCGACCGGCGCGACCGGCAGGGAAGUGGUGACAGAGGCGGCGGAAGGCCUGAGGGAGAAGCUGUCGGCGAUCGAGGACGAGCUGCUGAUGGGAAGCGUCAGUUCCGAUACACCGAUGCGAGGGGCGUUCUACGCCAGGGGUCUGCGCUCCAGACUCGCUUCACUAGGGGACACUGUCGGAAUGGCCGACGGCGCGCCGACUCGGCAGUCCUACGAGGUGUUCGAGGACCUGCGGUCCCAGAUAGACAGUCAGCUUUGA